GGACCUCCGCGUGUUCCCGUGCAGUGAGUCAACUGGUCGAUAUCUGCCACUUUUUCAAGCAGAUCAGCACUUGGACCUUAUACAAACUUAUAAGGGUCAAUUGGCACCUACGGACUAGCUAAGAAGUACCAAAACCCCGCCAGUUCACUCCGCCGACUAUACAUAUGCUUAGGUAAAGCAUCGGGAAAAGCACGGGAUACAUAUUACAAUGGCAACGACAUCAAACGAGGGGGAUGCUAAGACCUCGAUAACCCCACUCCUCAAACGCCUCUGGCAUGAAUCACCCGCAACAAAGCCCAAUGCCGACGAGAUCGCGGGAGCACUUUCUCUGAUAUUCACCAACAGCCUGUCUGAGGUCCAGACAGGAGCUCUGUUAACAUGUCUUCAUUUCACGGAUCGUGAUAGACAAGCAGAGGUUCUCGCGAAAUGCUCGAAAGCAAUGCGGGACUUCGCUACUGGAAUUGAUGUUCAAGGGCUGGAGGAAUUGCUGAAGAAGAGAGGGAGAAAAGAGGGCAACUAUGGAGGAGGCCUGUGUGACAUAGUUGGCACAGGAGGCGACUCCCACAAUACAUUCAACAUCAGCACCACAUCCUCUAUCCUAGCCAGCGCCCUCCUUAUGAUGGCAAAACAUGGCAACAAAGCCUCGACAUCGCGGUCUGGCUCUGCAGACUUACUCUCCUGCGCACCUCCAAAGCCGCCUGUCAUCACCGCCAUCACCCCCAAGACUAUUUACGAGAUUUACUCCAAGACGAAUUACGCGUUUCUCUUUGCUCCGAUCUUUCACCCGGGAGCCCGCCAUGCGGCGAGUAUUAGAAGGCAAUUGGGUUGGCGCACGAUUUUCAACCUGUUGGGUCCGUUGGCCAAUCCCCUGCAUGAUCUGAUCGAGGCGCGGGUACUGGGUGUAGCGCGGAAAGAGAUUGGGCCUGAUUUUGCGGAGUCACUAAGGCAGUCCGGGUGUAAGAAGGGCAUGGUCAUCUGCGGCGACGAAGAGCUCGACGAGCUUUCGUGUGCCGGACUAACCCACUGCUGGCGCCUAGUCGAAAACGCGUCUACCGGCGAAGUCGACAUCAACUACUUCACCAUUACUCCCGCAGACUUCGGGCUCCCAGAGCAUCCGCUCAGCGCUGUAAGCCCGGGACAAUCGCCAGAGAAGAAUGCGGAGAUUUUGAUGAGGAUUUUGACUGGAGAGGUUUCCCCUGAUGAUCCGAUACUCCACUUUGUAUACAUCAACACGGCAGCCUUAUUUGUCGUGAGUGGCAUUUGUGAUGCGGAUACGAGCGACAUGGGUUACGGAGACGAGGGGGAAGUGAUUAAGGAGGUUGGACCAGGGGGUGGAAGAUGGAAAGAGGGUGUCAGGAGAGCUAAGUGGGCUAUUGCUAGUGGAGAGGCGUAUAGACAGUGGCAGCAGUUCGUUGAGGUGACGAAUAGGGUGGCUUAAAGGCAUGUCUACGAUAUGAGGUUUUGUUUGUUAAACCAAAUUUGUUGUAUCUAGACUUACAAGUGUGUCACUAUAAGACCCCAACCUCUGUUUCCAUUAUUACAGAACUUGUGAAAAUCUCGUCUAAGAAAGA